GCAAUUCACAACCACCAUUAUCCAUCCGCCACUCUCAACAAAAUAUCAACCCUUCUUCUUGUUUCUGUCUCAACUUAGAAAAUGGGGAAGCCUCUUCUCCUUGCUGUCGUGCUUUCUUUGUUAUUCCUCAUACUGAGCAUUAGCUCUUUCUCCUCCAAUGCUCGUUCUUUCCCCAACGCCGGCGGUGAAUCGGAAUGGAUGGAGGGGCUGAUGGGAAUGGAGGAGGAGAAGUGCGAGGGUGGAGAGAUGGAGGAGGAUUGCGUGACGAGAAGAGUGGUCGCGGAGGCUCACUUGGAUUACAUCUACACCCAAAAACAACCUCAUCAUUGAUCGCUCUUCUCUUCCCUCUACUAUACGCACCAAACAUGUUAUAAAUAUAUUGUAUGUAAUAACCAUGUAAUGUAUGUGAUAUGAGCUAUGAAAGAAGGUAAAGUUUGUCCGUGUAUGGUUAAAAUCGAUACAUGAAUAUCAUCGUACAACUAGAGUUAUCGGAACAAAUUGAGUUAUGAUAUGGUAUCACCGUGUCAGAGCUGUUUUUGUCAUUCGGGUUAUAUGUUUAAAUUUUACUAGACCUCGUUAAUGAAGUAUAAACUGUUGUUUUUAAACAUA